AUGGCCGACGAGUCUAUCCAACAGAGGAUACAAAUUGCCCGUCGCGAUGCCGAAGCAUUGAAGGACAAGAUAAAGCGCAAGAAGGAUGAACUUGCCGACACGACCCUUCGUGACGUUGCAAGACAGCGUGUCGAUGCUCUGCCGCGAUUGACGAUGAAGACGAAACGCACAUUGAAGGGACACCUUGCCAAAAUUUAUGCUAUGCAUUGGUCGACGGAUCGGAGACACUUGGUGUCGGCCUCGCAGGAUGGCAAGCUGAUCAUCUGGGACGCCUACACGACCAACAAAGUUCACGCCAUCCCAUUGAGAUCGUCAUGGGUCAUGACCUGCGCCUACUCACCAAGUGGUAAUUUUGUUGCCUGUGGUGGUUUAGACAACAUAUGCUCAAUCUACAACCUCGCCUCUCGAGAUGGUCCUACGCGCGUCGCUCGUGAGCUGUCUGGUCAUUCCGGAUACCUCAGUUGCUGUCGAUUUAUAAGCGACCGCAAGAUUUUAACAUCAUCCGGAGACAUGACCUGUGUGCUGUGGGACCUUGAGACCGGCUCCAAAGUUCAUGAGUUCGCUGAUCAUCUGGGAGACGUCAUGAGUCUGAGCAUCAACCCGCUCGACUCGAAUCAAUUCGUUUCGGGAGCCUGUGAUGCAUUUGCCAAGCUUUGGGAUAUUCGUCAGCAGAAGUGUGUCCAGACUUUCGCCGCCCACGAUUCAGAUAUCAAUGCCAUUCAAUUCUUCCCCAACGGCAACGCUUUCGGAACUGGCUCCGACGACGCGUCAUGCCGUUUGUUCGAUAUUCGCGCAGACCGUGAAUUACAAAGCUACACUAUCGGUGAGCCUCUCUGCGGCAUAACUUCCGUUGCCUUUUCUGUGUCUGGAAGAUUAUUGUUUGCCGGAUAUGACGACUUUGAGUGCAAGGUCUGGGAUGUUCUCCGCGGCGAGCGUGUUGGUACGCUUCAAGGUCACGACAACAGAGUCAGUUGCUUGGGUGUCAGUAUGGAUGCUAUGAGUCUUUGCACAGGGUCAUGGGAUUCAAUGCUACGGAUUUGGGCUUAA